AUGGCGGCGGUGGCAGCAGGUGAGGAGAGGAAGAAGACGGCGUGCGUGACCGGAGGGAACGGCUACAUCGCCUCGUUGCUCAUCAAGAUGCUGCUGGAGAAGGGCUACGUGGUGAAGACGACGGUGAGGCACCCAGAGGACAAGGAGAGCAACUCCCACCUGGAGGACCUCAAGAAGCUGGGCACCUUGGAGGUCUACCGCGCCGACCUCGGCGAGGAAGGCAGCUACGACGACGCCGUCGCCGGCUGCGGCUACGCCUUCCUGCUCGCCGCGCCGGUCAACUACACGUCCAACAACCCUGAGAAAGAGCUGAUGGAGCUGGGCGUCCAAGGCACUCUGAACGUGAUGAGGUCGUGCGUCAAGUCCGGGACGGUGAAGCGCGUGGUGCUCACCUCGUCGACGGCCGCCGUCUCCAGCAAGCCGCUGGAAGGCGACGGGCACGUGCUGGACGAGGAGUCCUGGUCCGACGUCGAGUACCUCACUGCCAAAAGGACUGGCCUCUGGGCGUACCUGGUGUCGAAGGUGCUCCUGGAGAAGGCGGCGUCGGAGUUCGCGGAGGAGCACGGCAUCAGCCUGGUGGCCCUGUGCCCCUCCGUCACCGUGGGCGAGGCGCCCGACAGGCAGGUAUACACCACCGUCCCCGCCAUCCUCUCCCUGCUCUCCGGCGACGAGAAGGAGCUCAAGGUGCUCAAGGGCAUCGAGCGGGCCUCCGGCUCCGUGCCGUUGGUGCACGUCGAGGACGUCUGCCGCGCAGAGAUCUUCGCCGCCGAGGAGGCCGCCGACGGGCGGUACAUCUGCAACAGCCUCGACACCACCAUCCUGGAGAUGGCCCGGUUCCUGGCCGACAAGUACCCGGAGUACGACGUCAACACCAACCUCUCCGGCGGCGAUCUUCUUGAGAAGCCGAUUGCGCUGCUGCCGUCUACCAAGCUGAUCAAGGAAGGGUUCGAGUUCAAGUACAAGACGCUGGAGCAUAUCUAUGAGAACAUGGUGGAGUACGGCAAGGCCCUGGGGAUCCUGUCCAACUGA